UUUACGCCUUGUAGUUGUCAGAUAAUAAAAACAAAAUAAAAAAAUUAUGACACGAAUUAAAAAUUUGUAGAAAAAUUUUUAAAGAAAAUUAUUAAAAACGAUCUCAAUUUGUAGCAAAAGUUAUGAAAAUUAUUAAUUAAACAAAAAGCCUUAAUAACAAAUAAACAUUAUUUAAAUAAACUUAAUUGAACUUUAAGAAACUAAAAGAUUUAAACAACAAAUGGGUAAUGAAGGCAGUAAACUUAAAGGUUUGGAAAUCGAUAAAAAUGCUGUAGAGGCCAAUGAUUUCUGGGCUUUAUUUAAUUCCGUGGCUGCCACUACUACUAAUGAGGAGGGUAAACAAUAUUUAUCAGUAUUCCAGGGAGAACCUGUCGUCACCGGCCAGCUAUGGGUGGCUCAAGGUCCCAUGGAAAGAGCCAUUAGAAAUUUGAUGAUUUAUAGACACCCCUAUAUCUUGAAAUAUGUCUGCACUUGGGAGCAGGGUGGGCAAAAGCAUUUGGCUACCGAAAGAGUACGUCCUUUACAAAAUGUUUUAAGUCAACAGUCCGAUAUACAAGUUUGUUUGGGUCUACGCACCAUUUUAUGCAGUUUAAUAUUUUUAAUAGAAAAGGCCAUGGCUCGUCAUUUAAACAUUUGUACACAAUCAAUUUACAUCACCGAUUCGGGUAGUUGGCGUUUGGCGGGUUUCGAAUAUGUUUGGAAGCAAAAGGAGGUAACAAAAACCUUGCUAGAUUACGCUAAUGCCUAUCGUUAUCAAGCUGCCGUCGAUCCUGAAGAAUCAAAGGAACUAAAUAUAGAAACUAUCGAACAAUAUGCCUUUGCUAAUUUAUGUGAAGAGAUUUUAACGAAAUGUACAAACAAUAGAAAGCAAACAAUAUCCUCCGCACCCAUACCACAUGUGCAAGAGUUUCGCGAGUAUUGUGCUACACAUUUGAAACAUAAAAAUGCCCAAAUGCGUCCGAAACUAUCGGCGGUACUACUGCAUCCGUACUUUAAUCAUGAAUUUGUUUUAAUACACUCAUUUCUGUUCGAAUUGCCGUUGAAAAGUAAUCAGGAGAAGCAGGAAUUUUUUACCGCCCUUAUAGAUCGUUUACGUUAUUUCGAAGAAGAGGUGGUGGGGUCACAGUUUGCUGGUGAUCUGCUGUCGCGCAUGGUCUUGCUAGAUCCCACAGCUCAGUUGUGUGUUACUCCCUAUGUGCUGAGAACUAAAACAGAUCAUUCGUCUGCCCUAUUUUCUAGUCCCACUUAUUGCAAGUAUUUGAUGCCUCAUAUUUUAAAAAUGUUUCGCUUAAGAGAUGCUCAAAUACGUUUGAUUUUGUUGGAGUAUUUUAUGGAGUUUGUAAGACUUUUGACAAAAGAAGAAUUAGAGGAAAAUAUAUUACCUUAUUUGGUGACUGGCAUGCAGGAUACAAAUGAUGUUUUAGUGGCCAAGACUUUGAGAUGUAUGGCCGAUUUAAUACCUAUUUUGGGGGCUACUACAGUUUUGGGAGGACAAAGAACUCGUUUAUUUUCAGAUGGCAGACCUCAAGCUGCUGUCUCAGACACCAAUACCCAUUGGGUGGAACCCCGUUCCAUUACUCCAGUUUUAGGGGAAAGUAAUGAUUGUCCCAUGGUAUCGGGUAGUCCCAUACCGGAAAAUUUGCUUAGCAAAAGCAAUAGUUAUUCUUCAUUGUCACAAGCCAUAAAUUCAGAAAUAUUUGAACAUCAUAUGCCGCCACGUUUAAGUCCAGAUGGUGGUGAGGAUGUCAAAUGUACGGCUAUACAAGAUUCAAACGAUAAUGAUGAGGAUGAGGAUAAAAGUCCAGAUGAAAAUAAAAUAAUGGAAAAUCAGGAUUUUAUUAAGAAAGAACUAGUACCAGAAGACAACAGUAUAGUUAUAUCAGAUACCGACAACAAUGUGGCAGAUGUUGAAGAGAACAUGGAUGAUGAUGAUGAUGCCUGGUCUGAUUGGGACAACAAUGAUGAUAAUAAUGUCGAAAACACCACAGUAAAUAACGAAUUUAUGGCAAAAACCAACACUUUAACUGAUGAUUUAAGGGAUAAACUUUCUUAUCCCACCACCAACAACAUUACCAAUACCUUACCUUCACAAAUAUCCCUAACAGAUUCUUAUCGCACAGCACAAUCGACCAAUUCCUCCUCACAUUCCUCCUUAAAGCCUUCGGCUUUAAUAACCGUAAACGAUGAUUUAUCUUGCCUGGAUAUACAAGUGCAAACCACAACGUCCGCAUCUUUAACAAAUCCUGAAUCAUCAGAAUUUGAUUUCUUUAAGGAUAUGGAGCCGGUCAUAGAAACCAGCAGUAAACAACAAAAACUAAAUGAAAUAACUACAAAUACCGUUAACUGGCUAGAACCCGAAAAUAUUGUAGUGAAUUCGGCAAGAUUUGCUGCCACAGCUGUAAAUGACAAUGAGCUAGAUGUAAAUGUCUUGGGUGACGAUAAUGGUUGGCAAGUAGACGACGAUGAUGUUGAUAUCUCCAAACUAGACGAUUUGUUAAAAACUUCAUCUAUAACUUCCGCUUCUAAUAAUGUUUAGUAAUUGUUUGUUUGUUCGUACGUUCUUUUUUUAAAUAGUUAGAAUUUCCAUUAUGUUAUUAAUAAUAACGUUUAUCAUACAAAUUAUUAAGACUAAAAGUCUUUCAUUUUUAUUAUGUACUAUAUUGUAUUGUAUUAUUAUGUGCAUUUUAGUGUUAAUGAUACUUAAUAAUAUUUACUUUAUUGAGUUUAGAAACAAA